CCCAUUCUGACUCUCACCCUCAUCCUCACUUCUCACACCUCUUGCCCUUCCUCUCCUCCCAAUCUGCCUUUCCACUCACCCACAGGUCGCCGCAACCUCCCCAUCCAGACCCAAUUUUCCCAUACGCCUUUGCGCCUUUGCACCAAUCGAGCCCGGGCGGAUCUUCUCCUCUUACCGCCCGUUGUGUCCGCUGCAUCCCACCCAAAGAUAGCUGCGUUAUGACCUGACGUUACGGGCUGCAUCCGUAGGCACCUGUUGAAACACAUCGCGACCCUUGCGUUACGGCUACGGAAACUGCAGUACAACCACGAAUACCGGCUCGUUCUGCUGCUCGCUUGUCUCUGCUUCGUUUCGUUUCGUUUCGUAUCGUAUCGCCUCGCAACGCAACGCAUCUGGCGCGCGCUUUUCUCUGCAAGUCAGGCCAAGGAAGACCUAUCCUUCUCUUGUCCUCGUCCUCGUCCUCGUCCACAUAUUCUUCUACAUAUUCCUCCACCUUAUCCGCAUACUUACCCAAACGUCUCGACUCGCAUAUCCAUCCCAAUACCGUCGAACCACACGGUCUUCCAUGACAGUUGCAGCGCAUUCAGUCACUCACAUCUCCCUGCCGCCGUCAUUUCCACCUCCGUUUUCCCCUGGGACGGCGGAUGCCUAGCCCAGUAUUCGUACCUGACAGACCGUGCUUUUGGGCUUGCCCUCUCUCCCAAGAUUGGCCCUGGCCAGCCCUCUCCCCCUAACCUAACCCACUUCUUCCCUCGCGUCCGCUUCGGAGCUCAAGCUGCUUUUCAACACCUUGUCCGGCUGGUCUGCCCCAAGCACGAACGAGGUAGUCUGUGCGCCAAAACCAAACGAACGCCCACCACCCACCACCCACCCCCCUCCUCUCACCAAGACCCCGAGUGCAAAAGAAGAAAUCCAAAGGACGCUCUCGCGUUUUCACCGUCGACAAAUCCCCCUCGCGCCCCAAAGGAGCAGGUAUCUGGAAAUUAACGACUGCAACCUUGCUGGUGGUUUCCGGCCGCUGUUGCCGCUGCUGGCCAACCCCCACCUCAAGUAAGGUACUCAAGAACAUAGAGCGGAGUACGGACGGAUACAGCUUACUCGGCUGAGAGUCCCAGGCCCCUCAUCAUCGUUGGACUUCGACUCCUGCUCCAUGCUCGCGGGUCCCUUUUCGAACUUUGCCCUCCACCCCCCACACACGCCGUCCCCUUACUGUACUCUGUACACUACAAGUUACCGCAACGUACCCUGCCCGUACGUCCCCUGCCGACCCGACGACCCUCGAUUGUUGCCCGCCCGCCGCUCCUGAGUCGUCUUGAGACCGCUGUCGCCGUCGCCGUCGCUGUCUCCGUGCCGUCGUUGUUGUUGUCGUCGUCGUCGUCGUCGUCGUCGUCGUCGUCGUCUCCUUCCCCGUCGAUCUUAUUUCUGCCCACCGCACACCCGACUGGUAGAACAAGCCUCGCCUCGCUUCGCCUCUCCGCGUACUCGAGCCGUCGACGCAACUCUACUUGGUCUUGACCCAUUUGAUUGAUUCCCUGCGCCAUCCCCGGCCAUAGUUGUGUCGCAAUGUCUGGCCCGGGACUAACCUCGAACCAGUCUGAUCUCUCGCGCUUUUCCGACUCGGAGCCCGAGCAAGAUAGAUCCCCCCCCGGAAAGUCUACCGCAGACAUUCUCUCGGGCGUCUAUCGCGGCUUCAAAAAAUUUGCGCCGAGCAGAGACGGCGAAUCGCGCCUGACGAGACAGCCUUCCCUCUCUCGACUAGGCCUGCACAGCGUUUCCCCUAGCUUGACCUCAACCCCCUCUCCGCCUCCUUCCUCGACGCCUACUCCCGUCCCGAACUCGUCCAAGAACCGGCCGCUUCAGCAUGGGAGAAGCCUGAGUCUACAGAGUAGUCUCGCCAAACCCUUACCCGAGCCGCCACCAUCGAUCCCUUCGCCCACCGGGCCCGACGUCCCUCCUGCCGCACACUACAAUAUCGGAAGCCUCGGCGCUAUAGAAGAAGGCCCAGCCGAUGACAUUGAUAGUCGCACCAGCACGAUGGAUUCAAGCGUCUCAGCGGACCGGUCUCAGAUGUACGCCAGUGGGUCGGGAUAUAACGCCGAUAUGGCCAGCAGUCAGAGCAGCUUGGCAAGCUCCUCGAGGCAAGAUGGGAGUGAAGAUAUGAGGGAAAACCCGAGCUUGACGCCGCGGAGUAACGGCCCGUUGUCGGCAGGGCCCUCUCCGUCCUCCGCCCAAAACAGGACACCCGCUUCGGCGGUUGGUACGCCGACUGCCUCGUCGUCUUCAGCCCACCUUUCAGGCCUCAUGUGCAACGUCCACCGGACGACCGGCCGAGAGCCUCAUCCGCUUGUCGGCGCCACGACUACCAUACUGGGGGACAAGCUUUAUGUCUUUGGUGGAAGAAUACUGUCACGGAGUCGCCCGGCGCCCCUCACAUCCGACCUGUACGAGCUGGAUCUUAUUCGCAGACAUUGGUCGAAGCUCGAGACCACGGGCGAUAUACCGCCUCCGCGAUACUUCCACUCCAUGUGCGCAUUGGGAGACACCAAGAUGGUCUGCUACGGAGGCAUGUCCCCAACGCCGAACCAGUCCGCCGCUGGUCCGGAUCAGCAGCCAGAAGUCACGGUUAUGUCGGACAUCUAUAUCUACGAUGUUCCCUCCCGCAAGUGGACCUAUAUACCGACUCAGGAUCCACCCCAAGGCCGCUACGCGCAUUGCGCUUGUAUAAUGCCUUCGUCGGCUACUUUCACCUCACACAAGGCGCCAUUGUCGGCCUUACAACAUAACCCCUCGUCCGGCAAUCCGAACGAAGGUCGGAUAGGAAUCAACAUCGACGGUACGGGUGGUGCCGAAAUGGUGGUGGUUGGCGGCCAAGACGGCGCCAAUCAUUACAUUGAGCAAAUUAGCGUCUUCAACCUUCGCAGCCUCAAGUGGACGGCGAUCGAGCCUCUCGACAAAAGCUGCGGUGCAUACAGGAGCGUUGUGGCUCCUUUACCCCCUUCUGUGACGGCACGCAUUGGCAAGUCUAGCGUCAACGGUUUCCAGCGAGACGGUGGCAUCAGCCAGGAAGCCCGCGAACCCGGAUCAUCCAUGCUCAUCUACUCCAACUACAACUUCCUGGAUGUCAAGCUCGAGCUGCAAAUCCGAUCAUCGGACGGCACCCUCACGGAGAAGCCCAUGUCAGGUUCUUACUCGCCGCCGGGACUGAGAUUUCCCAACGGGGGCGUGAUUGACACGUAUUUUGUCGUGAGCGGCACAUACCUCACUUCCUCGAAGCAAGAGUACGCCCUAUGGGCUUUGGAUCUGAAGACUUUGACUUGGUCGCGGAUUGACGCUGGAGGUGCCGUCUUCAGCCAGGGCAGUUGGAACCGCGGCGUGCUCUGGAACCGUAGGAACACGUUUGUUAUUCUCGGCAACCGGAAACGAAGUCUCGUCGAUGACUAUAAUCAUCGACGUAUCAACUUUUCCAAUGUUUGCAUGGUUGAGCUUGAAGCAUUUGGGUUCUACGACAACCCGAGGAAGACGACGCCAAUGUCUGGAUUCGUAUCGGCCAGUAGUCCGUACACUGGACCUGGUUUAAGUCUGGCCAGAAAGGCCGGGACCACGGCAGGCGGACGCUUCCACUCGAGGGCCGCUGAGGAACUGGGGGAGAAGGCACUGGCCAUGCGGGAGCUGUCCGACAUGGAUAUUCUUUGCUUACAUGGGGAGAGGAUUCCCAUCAACUCGAGGAUGGUGGCACGCCGGUGGGGACCUUACUUUGUGCAGUUGUUGCGGGAGGGAACGGCGACUCAGGACGGCAGCGAUGCCAUGACGCUUCGUUCUGGUUCUGGAGUCAAUAACCCCGUCAGGAAUUCCACUUUGACAAUCACACCAGCUCGCAACACCGUCGAGAGCUCGGGCUCUAUGGCAAGCACCAUUAUGUCGUCCGGCUCGUCGUCAAAAGCCCCGAGCACGGCUCCGACCAGCGCUUCAGCGGCCUCCUUCUCUCUUCCCGCUUCCGGUGGCGGCGUGGACGCAAGUACCGUCAACUCGGCCCCCACGCCCAGGUCUCUGCCGCCCAACUCGCGGCCUCGAUGCCUAUACCUCCCCCACACCUAUCUCACCGUGCAGGCGCUCCUUCACUUCCUCUACACGUCCUCGCUGCCGCCUCCUUCAUCACCCUUAUGUACGCCCCCUAUCCUAUGCUCGCUUCUUCAGAUCGCUCGGCCAUACCGGAUCGACGGCCUCCUCGAAGCGGUGGUCGAGCGCUUGCAUGCCCUGUUGGACUCCAGAAACGCAGCCGCAGUUUUCAACGCCACCGCAAUGGCCGCUGGUGGCGGUCGUGGUAUCGACGGUUCUCUGAACCCCAACUUCUUCGUGCCCCUGGAUGCUACGGGCUCGCCCAUUUACCCCUUGGAAGGAUCCCAGAACGGCGACAGCAGUACGGACCUGCAGGGUCUCUCAUCUCGCACGGCCGCGUUGCGCAUCAACACCGCCAUGUCCUCUGGCCGGCCCUCCAGCGACGAACUUAGUGCCACAACGAGUGUCAGUGGAUCAGAGUGGAGUUCAGAGAUUGGCGACUCGGAACGAGGAGGUUUGCGCGAGGUCUGGGGUGGCGAGCUUAGUUCUGUCAUCGGUCUACAGAAGAGAGGCUUGCGGGGUCUCAUGGAGGGGAGAAGGAUGCGUGAACGCACCGGAACGAACUCUGGUACCGGCAUGAGCGGAGGAAUGAGUUCCUACGGUGGUGGACAGGGCCGAGUGGGACUCGGCAUCGCCGGAUCAUGAUAAGGUUGCACGGGGCUUGCAGCAGAGAAGAAGCAUAUUGCACGAGGCGCGGAGGUAAUGAAUUUAUGAUAGCAUGGCCGAGUGCCACAUAUUCCCUCGGACACGCAAUCUAGGACGAGUGACAGUGUGCUUGUUGUGUUUGUGGAAGCGUGAGACAAGUUGUGCAUGGGGGCGCGGGAGGGGACACGUCUCGCUAGAUGUAAG